AUGUAUUCCGACGAAUUUACUGUCAAAGAAAAUCUAUCACUUUCACCAUUAUUAGAAGUACUUGCCGAUGUAUUUCAUCGAUAUUCAAAGCAUGAUCCAUCGCUUGAACAACCUCUACGUUCAAUUUUACCAAUUAAUGAUCAGCAGAAUGCACUUUUAAAUUUACCGUGUAUUGAUACUCAACGUGGUUAUAUGUGUGUGAAAACAAUCACAAGUUUUCCAGGAAUUUUACCUGCUAUUGAUGGCGUUGUAUCAUUAUUUAAUUCAAAUAAUGGUCGUUUACUUCUGAUUGCUGAUGCAAAAGAAAUAACUGCACGACGUACAGCUGCUGUAUCAUUUCUUGCUACUAAAUUGUUAGCAUCGAAUAAAUUGAAAAAUGAAAAUGCUGUAUUAACUAUUCUUGGUUGUGGUGUUCAAGGACGAGUUCAUCUUGAUGUUUUUACUGAAUUGUUCAAAUGGAAUAAGAUUUAUUUAUGGAGUCGAAAUAUGACACAUGCUAUUAAUUUACAAUCGGAUUAUUCAUCAAAAUUAAAUAAUAUUGAACUAUUAGAAAAUUUAAAUGAUAAUCGUAUUCUACAAUCCGAUGUUAUUUGUACAUGUACAGCUAGUAAAGAAGCAUUGCUAAGUCUUCAUCAAGUAAAAAAAGGCGUACAUAUAAAUGCUGUUGGUUCAUUUCGUGCAACGAUGCGUGAACUAGCAGAUGAUCUAAUGCUAUCAUCAGAUACAACUGUGAUUGUUGAUAGUAAAGAAAGUGCAAUGAAAGAAGCAGGCGAAAUAAUUCAAUCGAAAGCUGAAAUUGUAGCUGAAUUGGGAGAAUUGAUUGAAAAUAAUGAAUUUUGUGAUGGCAUAUCUAAGGAUAAAAUAACAAUUUUUAAAUCUGUUGGCAUGGCUAUUGAAGAUCUUGCAGCAGCAAUUGUUCUCUAUGAAUAUUUACAGGAAUGCAGAGAAAAAUAA